AUGGCUCCCCUCCCACCGGGGCUCAAGAAGCCCUCGGCGCGCUCCUUUCGCCAGCAGCGCCUCACCGGCACCGUGCAUCCCCUCGCGCCGCUCAAGACGUUCCGCGCCGACGCCGCCACCAUCUCCGACGACUUCUCCACGACCAAGCGCGACAAGCGGCUCAUGAAGCACUCGUCCUUCAUGUCCCGCGUCGCCGACUCGGGCAUCGCCAAGAAGAAGACGCCAAAGCGCACCGGCCGCGGCCGCAGCCAGAAGCUCGCCACGACAAUGGAGGGCCUGGCGGAUGCGCUGCCGGAGCUCGAGGACGGCGUGGAGGCGCUGCAGGGCAAGAUCAGGCACAAGAGUAUCAAGAGCAAAAAGGGCGCGCUGAAGCGAAAGGAGCAGGUCGUCAAGGGCGAGAUGGAGAGGUUCGGCAAUAGCAUGGCGCAGAUGGCGGGGACGCAGGAGGGGACGGGAAGCAGCAACAGCGCGGCGACGGGGAGGACAAGUACUGCCAGCACAGGGGGGGAGACUGCACCGACAAGUGCGGGUGCGUCGAAUCGGUGGGCGGCGCUGAGAGGCUACAUUUCGUCGACGAUGGAGCAGAAUCCCGCGUUUGCUGGGCGACAGUAA